AACCAGUUUCCUCAGCAUUUCCUGCUCUCAGCUAUCUUCUUCUCCCAGAAGAUGGGGCGUGGGAAGGUGGUGGUGAAGAGGAUCGAGAACAAGGUGAACCGGCAGGUGACCUUCAGCAAGCGUCGCGGUGGGCUGCUGAAGAAGGCGCACGAGCUUGCCGUGCUCUGCGACGCGCACGUCGGCGUCAUCGUCUUCUCCGCCCGUGGCAAGCUCUUCGAAUACUGCAGCCCACUUACCAGGCAUGUUCCUUCAGUUUAUUCACCGCAUAGCACGUUCAUCGCGAUUCUUGAAUCUGCAUUUUCUUCAAUAAAUUUUGGUAUUAAGCUUGCCAAAUGGAUGGCACUAGCCGCGUAGAACGUUCUCUAAAGUUAUCUAAUGAUGUCUAAAUUCAUCCCUAUUCUAAUCAUGUGGCAUCUUUCGAUUAGGAUUCAUGGUCAGAAUCAGAUGCACUUAGCUAUAGACGUUUCCUGAGCU